AUCAUUUUUCUUUGUACUUGCUUAGUACUUAAAAGUCUGUGCACCUGGCAGGAGCCCCAAAUAAACCCGCGAUAUCGCAUUGAUUUGUUAAUUCUGUUCGAGCAGCGCUGCGAGAGGAAAGAAAAAUGCAUUAUCCGAUGAUGGAGAACAUCUGGCUGAAGUUUAUGGACUGGUUCAGCGUGAUGAUGAAUCUGGCCGAGGACUCGAGGAUUAUGAUGAUGCUGAUUAGCUGCACGAUGGCAUUGGCUUUAAUCCUGAACGUCCAGUCGGGGAGUACUAUUUUUCGGAAUUUGAUCAAUGCGGGUGUAGAAAGGAAGCUAAAAUCGAUGCUGGACAACCAGCCAUCGCCCAUUAACAUUGAUCAGAAUAAAGUUAUCAAGCGAGAAUUGGACUUUCCCUUGAAGUGGAAGCACUACAAGGAUAUCCCGAUGGCGGUUCUCCUUGAAAAUAAUGGCACCACGGUGAUACUGCGUAUAUUUGGUUCUCCCAACUUUUUGCCCGUCCUGAGUGGAGGAGACUUGCUCGGAAAGUACCAGUUUGUGGAGGCGAUUUUUAAGUGGGGUGUCCUGGAAUCCGAGCACUCGAUUGGAGGUGGCUUGGCCAGUCUGGAGAUGCAGGCCCUGCACCGAUGUCCCAAGCAAAAGGGACCCUGGGAGUACCUCACCAUUUCCUACUUGUUCAAGCUGUCUGAAGUCAAAAAUGAACGAAUCAAGCUGGUCACCGAUCAUCUGAAAUGUAUCCAACAAACAGGAUCUUCGAUUGAGCUGCCUCCUUACCGAUUGAGCUCACUUCUUCGCCCAUUCAGCGGGAGCUACUACACUUAUCCUGGCACCUACGACAAUGGCGAUGUAAUACUGCCCACCACUUGGAUAAUAGAUCCCCAGGUAUCGCACAUCAAAGCGGAUCAGUUGGCCCCUUUCAAAUUCCUCUGCGGAAAGGAUGGCAGUCGAAUCUUCACCAAUUCGCGGAAUAAACAGCCGCAGGGCAAUCGCGUUGUUCAGUUUUGUUAUUGAGACGCACUUGUAAACUAGUAACUAUUGGUAGAUUUUGAAUGCGAACAAUAUUCAAGUUACCAAUAUCGUAUUUCUUUUAUUAAAACAUGACAAAUUAUUCCAACAUA